UGACACCUUGAUACUAUUACCAUCGUCGGCCUAUCGGGCCCUUUGACCCCCGACAUACGAUCGAAUAAAGGCUUCCUCUUCCUCGUAACAAUGUCUGCUCUGCAGUCAGAAAGCAGCUUCCGACAUGGCACCCAUCGCUUUCCAUCUCUCGGGCGAGUCACCCGCCAAGGGCCUAGAAGUUGAUCUCGAGCCUCUGCAGAAUAUUGAAGACUUGCAAAAGGUGCUUGCUAAUGCUUGGUCGGUCGUGAAGCCCGAAGGUCUCGGUUUCAAUGUAGACAAUGUCAAUGUCACGGAUCUAGCACAGCUGCGUGAUGCGCAAAGCUCUGUCACAGUGACAGUUGAUGGACAUUCUGUCCGACAAGUCCCCGGCCCAUCCGGGCUUCCAUUGAUUGGCAGCUAUCUCGAAGUCUACCCGGAUCACCUCGGAAACAACCAACGCCUGUUUGACAAGUAUGGAGACUUGUUCAAGGCCAACAUCAUGGGCAAAACGAACUUUUUCGCCCGAGAUCCCGAGCUGGCGCAGAUCAUGUUCCAGGAGUCGGAUUGGUUUUCCAAAGAAAUCACCACCAACCAUCCGCUCUUUCCCCUCAAAAACGACGCCGCCGGAGUGUUUGUCAGUUCGACAUCGACCCCGUCGUGGAAAGUGGUGCACAAGUUUAUGCCGCCGGCACUUGGGCCAAAGGCAGUCCGGCACUAUGCACCAACGAUGAAUGCCUGCGCUCGAGAAUCCUUUCCCAUCUUUGACCAGCUUGGAGAGCGGGGAGAAGCAUGGAAUGGGUACCAAUACAUGCUCAAGCUCUCCUCUGGUACCAUUGGAAAGGUGGUGUUGGGCCAGGAUAUGCACCAUUUCGACAGCAUCGAUGCGCCUCUGUCACGCUUUGUACUUGGUAUGGCCGAGACCUUGGCACUGAACAAGAAGGUGGCGAGUCGAGGGGAAUGGUACUCCUGGCUUCCGUUUGGAGACGCCAAACGAUUAAAAGACGUGCAAGCCAUCGUGGCAGAGGAGAUCAACAAGGCCGUGAAAGAGUCAAAGUCUGGCGGGACGGAGGACUUGCCGCUUCAAGACGCGGCGUUGAAAUCGACCAAUCUCAUCGACUACUUUGUCAGGGCUGUCGACGGUCAGGGUAAGCAUCUUCCAAAGGAGAACCUGCAUGCCGCGGUGGUGGUUGCAGCUGGCGCAGGCUUCACUACGACGUCGUCUCUCCUCGGUUGGUUGCUAUACGGUCUCGUCACAUAUCCCGAAACGCAAGCUCGUCUGCUGCAAGAGUUGGUCGACGUGGGAUUCACGGACGACACGGACGUCACCCCUGAUAUGGUGGAAGAGAUGCCCGUCAUGGACAAGUACAUCAAAGAGAUGCAGCGCCGCCACAACCCUUCAUACAAUCCCGGCCGCACCGCGCAAAAGGAUAUGAUUUUGCCAGGCGGCUAUCGCAUGCAAAAAGGCGACGUCGUCAUCCCCGCGAUUCACCACAUCCAUACCAAUCCAAAUAUUUGGAAGGAUCCGGAUAGGUUCGAUCCGGAUCGAUGGGACACGGAGGAGGUGAAGAACCGGCACAAGGCGGCAUAUGUCCCAUUCGCCACAGGCCAAAGAAUGUGCAUCGGCUUCAACUUUGCGCUGCUCGAAGUCAAGGUUUUCCUUCCGCACCUCGUCUGGAGAUAUCAUUGGGACAAGGAGGGUGAGAGCGAGGCGGAGUAUGAUCCUUUCUUCCAGUUGAUUAGGCCGAUCAAUCUGUACGUCAAAACCACGAGGAGAGAUGUAUACCCGAGUAAGAGCUGGGACAGGCAGACAUAGAUGUGAUUAGCUCGAACUCAAGAGUCUUACCAUUCACUUCUUUUUCCUGUCUAGAUAAGCGAGCCAGUUGGCUGGACUUCGCC